AGUCAGACUAGUUCUCCGUUCCCAACAAGAAAACUCGGAGAAAGCCGCUACCUCUUUAAGAGCCACUGUGAGGGGAGUGUCUUAAUUGUUAUAUCAACCACUGCCCUGGCUCCUGAGUAAAGUGCAGAAAUCAGUCCUACGGACAGCGAAACAGUGGAAAUUCUGGACAUACUUUGUACCAAACGGAUUACCUUAUUCCGGAUAAUAUGUACUCGUGGGUGGGGAAGAUGGAAUCUGACUACUCGCUUUGCAUCUUCAGCCUCGUGGUGUUCGGUGUCUGCAGCCUUGCACCUGCAGCUAACAUCUAUAAUUGUGAUGAUGCCCUGGUAUCAGCAUUGCCCCGGACAUCUUUUGAAGGCUCAUCUGAAUUCUCCAGUAGCCACUCUGCACAUUUUGCGAAGCUUAACAGAAGAGAGGGAGCAGGUGGCUGGUCCCCCUUGGAAUCUGACAAACACCAGUGGUUGCAGAUUGACCUUCGGGAAAGGAUGGAAGUGUCAGGAAUCGCUGUACAGGGUCGUCAUGGAAGUUCUGACUGGGUUACUAGCUUUCUCCUGAUGUUCAGUGACACUGAUAGUGGCUGGAAACAGUAUCAACAGGACGACAGCCUCUGGGAUUUACCGGGGAACAGUGAUGCAGAUGGGGUUGUGCAUUAUAAAUUCCCACAGUCAAUUAAGACCAGGUUCCUGAAAUUUAUACCUCUGGAAUGGAGUCCUGGUGGUGGAAUUGGGAUGAGAGUUGAAGUUUAUGGUUGUACAUACAAAUCCGAUGUGGCAGACUUUGAUGGAAGAAGUUCUCUGCUGUACCGGUUUAACCAGAAGUCCAUGAGCACAGUCAAAGAUGUUAUCUCUCUAAAGUUCAAGAGCAAACACAGUGAAGGAGUCUUGGUACAUGGAGAGGGUCAGCGAGGUGACUAUAUCACCCUGGAACUGCAUCGAGGAGCACUUGCCCUACACAUCAAUCUGGAUGAUGCAAAGCUACAAUCAAGUGCCAGCCAUCUAUCAGUGACACUCGGAAGCCUUCUGGAUGAUCAGCACUGGCAUUCUGUUCUGAUUGAGCGUUUCAAUAAACAGAUAAAUUUUACUGUGGACAAACACACUCAGCACUUUCGUACCAAAGGCAGCUGCGACUCACUAGAAAUUGAUUAUGAGCUAAGUUUUGGUGGUAUCCCUCUCCCAGGAAAACCAGGAACCUUUCUACGAAAGAACUUCCAUGGCUGUAUAGAAAACCUUUAUUACAAUGGAGUUAAUAUUAUUGAUCUGGCCAAGAGGCGUAAACCACAAAUCUACACAGUGGGCAAUGUGACAUUUUCCUGUUCAAAUCCCCGGAUUACACCUGUGACAUUCCUCAGCCAGGCCAGCAGCUACCUGCUGCUACCUAGCGAGUCUCUGCCAGAAGGCCUGACAGUCCGCUUCCAGUUUCGCACUUGGAAUCGGGAUGGACUGUUGCUUCACACGCAUGUACUACCAAAAUCAGAAACUUUACUUCUCUACCUCAGCAGUGGCAGGCUGAAACUCACUCACCAGAAAUCAGUGCUUGACAAAAUGGAAAUCACUGCGGGCCAUGGCCUGGGUGAUGGACUUUGGCAUACUGUAAGCCUGAGCACUCGAGGAUUUCAGAUCUCCGUAAGGCUUGACAAUGACAUGCCCAACGUGCUGGAAUCUAACUCUGUAAUUGGCUCUGGAGACAGUUUUUUCUUUGGAGGAUGCCCUGCUACCCUCAAUGACCUGAACUGCAGAAGUCCAACUCUAGCUUUCCAAGGUUGCAUGCGCCUGAUAUUCAUCAACAACCAGCCCAUAAAUUUUUUUCAAGUGCAGCAAGGCCUGCUAGGAAAUUUCAGCGACUUACAAAUUGAUGCAUGCGGCAUCAGAGACAGGUGUCUGCCAAACUACUGUGAGCAUGGAGGCCAAUGUUCCCAGUCAUGGAGCACCUUCCACUGUGAUUGCUCAGGCACUGGCUAUACUGGAGCAACAUGUCAUAACUCUAUUUAUGAACCUUCUUGUGAGGCCUAUAGGCAUACAGGAAGUACAUCUGGUUACUUCUCAAUUGACUCAGAUGGAAGUGGGCCUCUGGGUCCAACUCUGGUGUACUGCAAUAUAACAGAAGACAAAGUCUGGACUGUAAUGAAUCACCACAACAUGGCAUUUACCAGAGUUCAGGGAUCCAACCCAGAGAGGCCGUAUACCAUGCAGUUUAACUACAGUACAAGUCGGGAGCAGCUACAGGCUGUGGUGUCAGCAGCUGAACACUGUGAACAGGAGAUCAUGUACCGCUGCUGGAAAUCCCGUCUGCUUAAUACACAAGAUGGUUCUCCAUUUUCAUGGUGGAUAGGCAGGACCAGUGAGAAGCAGACCUACUGGAGUGGUUCCUCGCCUGGAAUCCUACAGUGCGAGUGUGGCCUGGAAGAGAACUGCAUUGACAUGAAUUAUUUCUGCAACUGUGAUGCUGACAGAGAGGAAUGGGCUACUGAUGCAGGACUCCUUACAUAUAAAGAACAUUUACCAGUAAGCCAAAUUGCGAUCGGUGAUACAGACAGGCCAGACUCUGAAGCUUUCUAUCGAGUUGGACCUCUGAAAUGUUAUGGUGACAGAAACUUUUGGAAUUCUGCUUCAUUUAACAAGGAGGCAUCUUACCUUAAUUUCCCAACAUUCCAUGCAGAAUUAAGUGCUGACAUAUCUUUUUACUUUAAAACUACGUCGGACUCUGGCAUCUUCCUGGAAAACCUUGGAACCAAAGACUUUAUAAGGAUCGAGUUAAGCUCUCCAGUAGAGGUGACAUUCUCCUUUGAUGUUGGCAAUGGCGCAGUCCAGCUCACUGUCAAAUCACCAAACCCUCUGAAUGACAAGCAGUGGCAUUAUGUGAAAGCUGAAAGGAACACCAAGGAGGCAUCACUCCAAGUUGAUCAGCUUCCCAUCAAGUUUAAGGAGGCCCCUGCAGAUGGGCACUUAAGACUUCAACUGACCAGCCAGCUGUUUGUAGGUGGUACUAUAUCAAGACAAAAAGGAUUUUUGGGCUGCAUUCGAUCUCUCAUGUUGAAUGGUUUGACUCUUAACUUGGAAGAACGGGCAAAGAUGACCCCAGGAGUACGUCCAGGUUGCCCCGGUCACUGUAGCAGUUAUAGCAGUUUCUGCCAGAAUGGAGGGAAAUGUACUGAAAAAUACAAUGGCUAUUCUUGUGAUUGUACAUACUCUGCAUAUGUUGGUCCCUUUUGUAAAAAAGAAGUAUCUGCUUUAUUUGAAGCCGACUCUUCAGUAACUUUGACAUUCCAAGAGCCUUCCUUAGACAAGUGGAACAAAAGUACUCAGUCGUCAUUAAUCUUUUCGGAAACUAGCAAAUCUCGGGAAAGCAUCAGCUUCAGCUUCUUGACAGCACGCACUCCAGCCAUGCUGUUCUUUUUAAACACAUAUCACCAAGAGUACAUGGCAGUUAUUCUGUCCAGGAAUGGGAGCUUGCAGAUCUGGUACAGACUAAAUAAACUGAAGGAGCCAGACAUCUUUUUUACAAACACCGUCAACCUGGCAAAUGCACAGGUUCACCAAGUUCAGAUUAACCGAGAAGGCAGAGACAUUUAUGUACAGAUUGAUCAAAAUGUAAAUACAAGAUACACUCUCUCCUCCGACUCUGAAUUGACAGCAAUAAAAUCCCUGACCCUGGGCAAAACCACAGGCAGUCCCAGUAUGGACCGUGAGGUAAUGUUUGCAGGAAUGCAGGGCUUCAUUGGCUGUCUUUCAUCUGUCCAGUUUAAUCAAAUUGCUCCUCUGAAGGCAGCGUUGCACCAACAAGCAGGUGCCCUUGUGACCGUGAAAGGCCAUUUGUUGGAAUCAAACUGUGGCUCGUCGAUACCUGCUGACCUGAACACAUUCACAACCACACAUUCCUUAUCAGAUCAUUCAGAAAAAGCUGACAAUGAAAGAGAACCACUCAUGAAUGCAAUACAGAGUGACUCAGCGGUCAUAGGAGGUGUAAUUGCUGUGGUGAUUUUCAUCACAUUCUGCAUUAUUGCAGUCAUGACACGCUUCUUACACUUACAAAGAAACAUGCACCAGGCCGUUUCAAAAGAUAAGGAACAUCGAGAAGGUCUUGAGCGAGCAUUGCGGAAUGAUGUGGAUCUACAAAGCACUGCAGGAUGCAAUAAGAAGGAAUAUUUCAUCUGACUACGUCUGCAAAUGUUAGUCGUCACCCUUCGGUUCCCUGUUAAUUUGCCUGCUCCAACAAUGAUGCAGGAUCCUGUGAAACAGUGUGGGUAUCCUCUUGAAAUCUGCAAGAGUGCCAGAAACAUUGCCUGCUCUGACGGAUGCUUUUUUUAGUUGUUGGUUAGAGGAAACACAAGAAACCCACCUGUCAGGAUGUUCUACCACAUGUAGAAUAGAGAGAAGGAGAGACAGAUAGGAACAGUCCCAUCUCCAAAGUGCAACACUAUGACAAUAGCAGAGUAAAAGGGGAAAAUAAGAUGCUGCAAGAGCUUGUGAAUGGAUUUCAGGGGUCUUACUUCCUUCCUUUUUUAAUUUCUUUUUCUUUCUGUGACGCAAAGAGAAGAAAGAUCAAACCCGACAAUGCAAACUGAAAAGGCAGUGCCAUCUCAAAGCAUGCCGAGCCUUUGAUGUUUUCAUUCACUUUAAAUGCAAGUAAAGACACAGUGGAAAACAACACUAACUAAACUAAAUUGAUUCUUUGCACAUUUGUGUGUUAAAAUACCGUGUCUCUGUGUCAACAGAGGCUAAAUAACAAUUGACAGGUUAAAUGUUUCCAUGCUCUGAGUGAUUUUUACAUUGCUGUGCAGGCAGUGUGCAAUCCCAUUUUCUACCUUAACAUGCAGCGAUGGGGUUAAAAUCUCUAUGAAGAAAUUAGUCGAAAAACUAUUUGAUUAUAAAGAUUUAAUGUCCAAAAGUGCCUCAUGGAAAUAGUUUUUUUUUUCUUUUUUUAAAGUGAUAAUUUACAGAAAUGUGCUAAUAUGACCAAAAAAAAAGUUGUUUGGCGCCUACUUUUUUGUUUUUUUUUAUCACAGACUUAAUUUAGUUGACAGUGAUAUACUGUAAUGUUAUACUCAGCUGUUGCUUUCUCAAAUGAAUGCAGGACUGGAUGUGCUCAGUAAUCUUUUAUAAAGCUUAAUCACAAAUCAAAGCAUUUUUAAUUUUAUAUGCACAAAACCCAAAAAUACUGAAAUGUCUUGAAGACUAAUAUAUAUCCCAACAUUAAGUUCCAUCCAUUUGCCAAACCUGUGUUGGAUAUACACCAUGGGUAUUGCAAUGUCACAGUACUUUAUGAUUGAACUCAUCCAUUCAUUUUAUCCCUGUCAUUAAUUACUUCAACCAGUACAAGGUCACAGUGGGCCAAAUCCAACAGUCCAACUGGCGUAAAGAAGGCAGAGCCACUUUGUCUGUUAUGGAAAAGCCAACAGUCAAAAAUAAUAUGAUGAAAGAUAAAUAUAAGCUUUUAAUUAGAAAAUAUAGCAGCAAUUUUAUUCAGUGAGUCGAUCUUAAAUUUAUAAAAAGACUUUUACAGCAAGCAGUGAACAUUACAAAGGAGCAAGUAGUAAGAGGGAUAAGAAAAAUAAAAAAACCUUCACUAUUACAAUACAACAGCAUAUGGAGAAGGUCUGAAUGAAACAGUGUUCUGAAUGUGCAAUAGUAGAAUGGAAAGUAGAUAAUACUGCACAGCAGAAAUGACAAGUUAUAUACAGGAUUUAGUCGUUCUAAAAGGUGAAUCUUCAGUCUUGGGGUGAGCGUUAGGACCAACUUCAGCAGCAGACUUGGCCAGGGAGGUCUAGAAAGUAGUUGCCAAAAAAGCUGAAUUACACAAGACUUGCAUAUCAAAGUUUUUAAACUGCAGAGUUAAAUUUCUGAUUUUGGAAAUUGUAAAUGGGACACAACAUGCAGAAGUUAAUGUGAGGUGUUGGAGGUUACAACUCUGUUAAUCUGCAGCAACUCAGUUCUAGAACAGACAGGAAGCCAUUGCAGUUUAGCCAAUAGAGUUGUGAUUUAGUCAUUGUGCGUACUCCAGUUCAAGACUUCAUCAGCAGCAUUCUGAAUUACUUUUAUUCUAUUUGUUAUUUCUGUGGGAAUACAAUUACAAAGAUAACUACAGUAGUUGAACCCAACAGUAAUGAUGACAUAAAUAGAUACAUUUAUUAAUGAAUUGGAGAUGUAGAUACGAAUUUUGAUUAUAGGUUAGUGCUGACACGAUCAAAGGCACACUGCAACUGACACAUAAUAUUCAAAGUUCAAAUAUGAUUCUUAGGCUAGUCUGUAAGGAUUUGACAUUGAGUACAGGCAAACUUAACAAGAUUUGAAAGUGUUUGUGAAAGAGAAACACUUCUUUUAUUUAGUUAGUUUAGUAAGUUUGUUAUGGAGGGGAUUGUCACAUACAAUAGAGCUGCAUAUCAUCAACAUCCACAUGUUGUUCUUUUGAAACUUUAGGUGAUCUAGCAAAAUCAUACAUGCAUUGAAAGAAAGGCACUAUGCCCAGCAGGCACGAGAUUUCAGAGGGUGACUGGAAGACAAGGACAUAGUCAAAAAAACCUCCAAGAAUCGCAAGACAAAAGUCAGAAAUACUGCAGAGGGUUCAAAAACCAGAGAAACAAAACAAAGAACAUUUUCAAAAAGGUUUGAAGAUUUUUGGGAUCUCUGUAGUCCGAUGAGGAAGUGUAUCUCUUAGCUGAGGUUUUAUCGCGUUGCGUUUUUAUUGACCGGUCAAGACCUCUGAUGACAUGCCCACUUUGGGAUGGUCAUAGCAACACAAAUCAACAAUUGUGCUGUCAAAAUGGUGGCUAUGUAACGGCCCAAAUAAAAGCCAUGAGUAUAUUUAAAAAAAAAUGAAAGCAACAGAUUCAUUAGGAUAUAAAACCCCCAACAGAUUCAAAACAUAUUCAGAAUAGGAUACCCUGACAGAAGGAAAGCAAGUGCAGAACUUUCAGAAACACCCCAGAAAUGUGAAAGCAGGUAACUGGAUUAAUCUCCAGAGAACACAUGUUGGAGAAGUGGUGGUAGGUUCAGUUCAGGCUAGAACUGCCCUUCAGGAGUGGCAAGAGGAUGUUAUGGUCAACGGAAAGUGUGCAGUAAUGGCGGGCAGGUAUCUAGCAGUAAAAACCAACGAGUUACGUUGUCCACUGUUGCUGCACAUUUGGAUAUCAGUUAUGGAUCUGCACAUGCCAUAGAGCAUGAUGGCUUGGGGUAUCAUAAAAUUUCUGCAGGCAGCUGUCUGUGUUUGUCCAUCUGCAUUGUCUAACCCGCAGUUGACGUAUGUCUGAUUGGUCAUUGCAAUGUGCUUCACCCUCAGCAGAUGUUACCACUGUUCCUGGACCACUAUUCACUAUUUGUGACCACUAUAGUGACCACUAUUCACUAUUUGUGAAAAGAAGUCAAGGCCAUAUUAUUUUGUUGGGUAGCUCGCACCUCCGAUUUUUUGCUACAAGAGCAUAUAUCACAUCUUUAACUCUCAAACAAGAACAAGUUCAAAGGUCAAGGCCCUGUGGUUCAUCAGUUUGUGCAUGACAAAUGGACAAC